AUGUCAGGCUCUGGGCGAAAAGAUUUCGAUGUGAAGCAUAUCCUGCGACUCCGCUGGAAACUCUUCAGCCACCCGUCGCCAUCCUCUGGUGGCCCGGCGGGGGGUGGCUGCCUGCAACAGGACGGUACUGGCAGCUUCGAGCAUUGGGGCCCCAGCCAGAGUCGUCUGCUGAAGAACCAAGAGAGAGGCAGCGUGAGCACUUUCUGGAAGAAGCCUUCCUCCUCUUCCUCUUCAUCCUCCUCCGCCUCCUCUUCCUCCUCUUCCUUUAACCCACUGAAUGGGACACUUCUGCCAGUGGCCACGAGGCUGCAGCAAGGGGCGUCUGGACAGGGCCCCCAGCAGCCAGCCAGGACGCUCUUCUACGUGGAGUCCCUAGAAGAGGAAGUGGUGCCAGGCAUGGACUUUUCUGGACAACAAGAAAAAGGGCUGGUCCUGCAAGAGCUCAAAGUGGAGCCAGCCCACUUGAGCCAGGCAACAGGUGAAGGAUGUGGACACAGGUACC